UUUGAAUUAUUGAGCCUUGUUCGUUGUUGUGAUUUGGCAGAUGGGUCUCUCUCUUCUUACUCAGGAGAUGAAUUUAGAGAGAGAAAACCAGUUAUUGGAUCAAGACCUCCAGCUUGCAUCAACAGGUGCUUGAGUUGCAGACCUUGCAUGGCCGUUCUUGUUGUUCCUCCUCAUCACAAGGAAAGCUUCCAGUUACAUGACGACAUAGACGCUAACAAUUACUAUCUUCUUUCUUGGAAGUGCAGGUGUGGAAAUAGAGUAUUUCAGCCUUGAUUUUUUAACUAGUUUUGUGAUUUCCUUUUUCUUUUUUUUAAUAUAUAUAUGGUACAAGUAUGAGAUGGGUGUGAUCCAAAAGUAGGAAAGUUUUCAGAGAUGAUUUGAUCGUGACUGUGGAUCUGAGAAGGACAUGAAAGUAUGU